GCACCAUAUGCACAUUUAACUUGAAUAAUGAUGUUUAAAGGCAACUGGAUAGAGUUUGUUCUUCAACUUACUUUACUGGAUCACGUGUCCGGCUUGACAUGCCUGUAUUGCAGUAAUGUUAUCGCACCAAGAUUAUGCAAGCGGGUUAUGGAGUGUGGCGCUGACGAGGUUUGUGAAGCUCAGAGGUCCUUCAACGAAUUUGGAGAGACGACCUACAAUCUGGGAUGCUCACAACGAAGUAUUUGCCAGAACGUGACAUCUUCAAAUCAGUACAGUCCUUGUCGAAAGUGUUGCGAUACGGACAUCUGUAACCACGUCGCAUGCGGAGAGCAGGACUAUCCCAGCGACAUAGGACCAGUAUGCUAUAACUGUCAGAGCCACACACCACUAGGUCGUUGCCAUGACAUCGAAUUUUGCGGAAAGGAACAGGUGUGCCAAAGUACCGGAAGAAACGUCUUUGGAGACGUCUUGUAUACGUCACAAUGUGCCUUUAUUCAUACAUGUCAUGUGAACAAUGAGCCAUCGAUUAUUGGGAAAAGGGACCCGGCCCGCUCAAGCGAGGUGAACCGUCAUUGCCGUGUAUGCUGCUCUUCCGAUCUUUGCAAUAAUGGAUGUAUUUCUGUGGACGGAAUGUGGGGAGACUGGUCUGCGUGGAGCAAUUGUCCACAAACCUGUGACCCUGCAGCUAUAACACGAUCAAGGUCAUGCAAUAACCCGCCGCCUAACAAUGGAGGAAAUCCCUGUCAAGGCGCAUCUGAUGAAUCAAUUCCGUGUCAGAUCGCUCCUAAUUGUAGUUUGAUACACGACUGUUCUGACCUAAGGCGUGGUAACAGCUACGACUGGCCUUCUGGUGUGUAUCACGUUUUCCCGAACAAUUCUGAGAGUGAGGUGGCCGUGUUAUGUGAUAUGAAAACUGACGGGGGUGGUUGGACGAUAUUUCAACACCGAUUUGACGGGAGCAUCGCUUUCAAUAGAAGCUAUGAUGACUAUGUGGACGGAUUUGGUUCGUUUGCUGGGGAAUACUGGAUGGGUCUAAACCUCCUCUACAAUAUGGCCUCUGCAUAUCAGAACUAUACCUUGCGCGUAGACUUGAGUCUAUCGGAUGGCAGCAGUGGCUAUGAUGUGUAUUCGGGCUUUUGGAUUCGUUCGCCAGCCUACAAGUACAUGUUCAAUGUUAAACAAAGGAUAGAUUCUAUAAACAUGACGGAUAAAUACCUGCUGUCAGACACACGAGACUUCCGAUCCAUGAACGGUUGUAACUUCUCAACGUACGACCAAGAUAACGACAACUCUGACAGGGACUCUAUCAACAACUGCGCAGAGUUAUUCGGCGGAGGAUGGUGGUACAACGACUGUAUGUUCGCCGACUUGAAUGGUCCAUAUGACACGUAUUACUUUUACUACAGCUCGUUUCAGGAUGGCUCGUCUUACAAACUGGAAACGUCAAAAAUGAUGUUUCGACCUACGUGA